GUUGUACGUUCAAUAGGAACAAAUUAACAAGAACCUCCUUGGUGGCUAUUAUCGGUGCUUUCUUCUUGAUUUCUAGGGUUUGUUGAAAAGCUGAUCGCGUUCGUUUGCAGAUUGUUUUCUCCAUUACAAAUUCGAUAUCUGCAUGAGUGAAUGAUCUAAUGGAAUCUAAAGGUGGAAAGAAGUCCAGUAGUAAAUCCUUAUUCUAUGAAGCUCCCCUUGGAUACAGCAUUGAAGACGUUCGACCAUGUGGUGGAAUCAAGAAAUUCAAAUCAGCUGCAUACUCCAACUGUGCUCGCAAACCAUCCAUGGCCAUGGCUGUCUCUGCAAUCGGAUUUGAGGGUUACGAAAAGAGACUUGAAAUUUCGUUUCAUGAACCAAGCAUCUUUGCUGAUCCUGAGGGAAAGGGCCUACGAACUCUUUCCCAAGCUCAGUUGGAUGAGAUUCUUGAACCUGCUGAGUGCACUAUCGUUUCAUCUCUGUCAAAUGGCUAUGUUGAUUCUUAUGUCCUCUCCGAGUCAAGCCUCUUUGUUUACCCGUACAAAAUCAUCAUCAAAACCUGUGGGACAACAAAAUUGCUUCUGUCAAUCCCACCCAUCCUGAAGUUGGCUGAUGCUCUUUCACUCACUGUACAAUCUGUGAGGUAUACCCGAGGGACAUUCAUUUUUCCUGGAGCUCAGUCCUAUCCUCAUCGUAACUUCUCUGAAGAAGUCGCUCUCCUUGAUAGCUAUUUUGGGAAGCUUGGUUCAGGCAGCCAUGCUUAUUUAAUGGGCAGUAUCGACAAACUGCAGAAAUGGCACGUGUACAGUGCUUCUGCUGGAUCUGUAUGUUCCCCUGGCCCUGUAUACACACUUGAGAUGUGUAUGACUGGUUUGGACACACAGAAAUCUUCUGUUUUUUUCAAAAGCCAAUCCGUCACUGCAGCUGUGAUGACCAGUACUUCUGGUAUAAUGAAGAUACUUCCAAAUUCAGACAUUUGUGAUUUUGAGUUCAAUCCUUGUGGUUAUUCUAUGAAUUCUAUUGAAGGGCCUGCAAUUUCUACCAUUCAUGUUACUCCCGAAGAUGGUUUCAGUUAUGCGAGCUUUGAAGCAGUUGGAUAUAAUCCAAAAGUUGUGAACCUGAACCAGCUGGUUGAGAGUGUGAUAGCUUGUUUCCUACCAAGCGAAUUCUCCGUAGCUGUGCAUGCUGAUGUUACUGCUAAGCUGCUUGAGCGGACAUGUUUGCUGGCUGUAAAUGGCUAUUGUCUUCAAGAGAAGCGCCCUGAAGAGCUUGGAAUGGGUGGUGCAAUCGUCUACCAGAAGUUUGUCAAGACUUCAGGCUGUGGAUCUCCUAGAUCUGUUCUGAAAAGCUGUUGGAAAGUAGAGGACGAAGAAGAAAUGUAUUAGUUUUAAGGGUGCUUUAUCAGUAUGUGAUAAUGUGUUGUCUAGUCUAUAAUAAGUUGGGCUCUAUAUCCAAACAUGUUAUGUCAAAGUUUGGUUUUAUGUCCAAACUUGGGAUUUGGUCAGCUGUUUUGUGUUUAAACAGAAACUUAUUAACGUGGUUAUAUGUGUUAUAUAUCGUUGUUACUUCGGUUUGUUUAUGCUUCA